UCCUCACUCCGGUCCAUCUUGAGACCAUUGCUAGAAUUGUGGCGGAACGGGAGGCUGAUAGUUAUAAAUCCCACAUGCAUGAUUUGCUACGGGCGAGUUUCGAUGCUACUAUCUGGGUUGACAACGAUCUGCGGGUCGUCGGGGAUUCCGAUCCGAGGCUGGACUACGUCUUCUUGACGCCGAUGUGUGGUAAAUCUCUGCUGGACUUUGUGGAGGAUGAGAGUGAACGCGAACGGUUCGAAGC